ACGACCCUGCGGAUGCCGGCUUCGCUGGUGCCGCUCGUUGCUAUUAAACGUUGCCAUAAAGGACCUAUUUAAAGCAAGGCUUACGUCUAAGCAAUAAGCUGUGACGGAUUUUGAAAAUGGAGAGUAAGGACAACAGUUCUGAGCCGCUGCCAAAGAAGCAGAAGUUGGAGGACGUUGAGGAACCCGAUGAAGUUGAAUCAUCUGUCGCCAAAAAGAAAACACCAGAAACGAAGCUGGCGAAAGAAUGCCCAUAUUUGGACACUAUCAACAGAAACGUGCUUGAUUUUGAUUUUGAAAAGCUCUGCUCGGUAUCUCUGUCAAGAAUCAAUGUAUAUGCUUGUUUGGUGUGUGGGAAGUACUUUCAAGGCCGCGGGCAGAGCACGCACGCCUACACGCACAGCGUGAGCGAGGGCCACCACGUGUUCCUCAACCUGCAAACACUGCGAUUCUACUGCCUGCCGGACCAAUACGAGAUCAUCGACUCGUCGCUGGAGGACAUCAAGUACGUGCUGAACCCGACCUUCGAGGCGGCCGCCAUCUCCAAGCUGGACUCGCAGACCAAGCUGUCGCGCGCCUACGACGGCUCCAACUACAUGCCCGGCACGGUCGGCCUCAACAACAUCAAGGCUAACGACUACUGUAACGUCAUCUUCCAGGCGCUGUCGAACGUGGUGCCAAUCCGCGACUACUUCCUCAACGAGUCCAACUACAACUGGAUGAAGCCGCCGCCGGGCGACAACAUGUUCUUGCUGGUGCAGAGGUUCGGUGAGCUGGUACGCAAGCUGUGGAAUCCGCGCAACUUCAAGGCGCACGUCUCGCCGCACGAGAUGUUACAGGCCGUGGUGCUCUGCAGCAAGAAGCGCUUCCAGUUCACCGACCAGGGCGACCCGGUCACCUUCCUUUCGUGGUUCCUGAACGCGCUGCACAUGGCGCUGGGCGGCACGAAGAAGCGCGGCUCGUCCAUCGUCUACAAGACGUUCCAGGGCCGCAUGCGGAUGUACAGCCGCAAGAUGCCGCCGACGGAGCUGACACCCGAGCAGAAGCGGGAGCUGCUCUCCUCGCCAGAGUACCAGGAGGUGCUGGAGGAGACGCCGUUCCUGUACCUGAUGGCCGACCUGCCGCCCCCGCCUCUCUUCAAGGAUGAGCUCAAGGAGAACAUCAUUCCCCAGGUGUCGCUAUUCACCAUACUGAACAAGUUCAACGGGCGCGAGGAGCGCGAGUACAAGACAUACAAGGAGGAGAUCGUCAAGCGGUUCGAGCUGACGCGCCUGCCGCCUUACCUCAUCCUCUGCAUCAAGCGUUUCACCAAAAACACCUUCUUCAUCGAGAAAAACCCGACCAUUGUCAACUUCCCCAUCAAGUCGAUUGACCUGGCCGAGUACCUGGCGCCGGACUGUGCGGCCGCCGCCGGCAACACCGUGUAUGACCUGCUGACCAACAUCGUGCACGACGGAGAGCCCGGUGCCGGCAAGGGGACCUACCGCUGCCACACACUGCACAGGGGCACGGGCAAGUGGCACGAGCUGCAGGACCUGCACGUGCGGGACAUCCUGCCGCAGAUGAUCACCCUGACCGAGGCCUACAUCCAGAUCUACGCGCUGCGGGAAACCACGUCGGAGGCGACGUGACGCCAUCUUGACGUCAUCCGCCGCCUCCUCGCGUAGUCGAUCUGCAGCAGGCCGCCGGCAAACUCGCACUGUGUCGUCAUGAGCAUCAUCAACCGCCGCGCAAGCGAACGGCGGUGGCGGACCACAUACAGACGCCGACACAGCGGAGCGGCAGCGAUGGGUCUUCUGCUGUCGCCGCCGCGGGCGCCUGCUUUUCUGCUCGCUGCCGGCCGGUGCAGGCGGGCGCGUGGCCCGCGUGUCACGUGACCUCGGCACAGACACCUGUGCGCCACGGCGCAGACGCGGCGGGCUGAUGAACCAACCAUCACGUGUCUUAGUUGCGCGUGUUUUGUAAUGCGGCACGUGUCAUCACGUGAUCCAAUACAG